AUGUCGGUCGAAGUACAAAACCCUGUGUCGAGUACAACGGCGAGUCCUAGGGCGCGAUGGAAGUACCUAGACAACAUCUUGACGCGGAGCGGACCUUUUACAGAUCCUGAUGCGUUCAUGCCGGGCGAGACUGUCAUCGAGAGCUUGAGCAGAGCCAAAGUAUUAGUCAUUGGAGCUGGUGGUCUGGGAUGCGAAAUUCUCAAGAACCUCGCGCUCUCUGGCUUCACAGAUAUUCACGUGAUCGAUAUGGACACCAUCGAUGUCAGCAACUUGAACCGACAAUUCCUCUUCCGCCAAGCAGACGUGGGUAGCUACAAGGCCGAGGUUGCAGCUCGUUUCGUCGAGAAACGCGUCAAGGGCGUCAAGAUCACACCUUACUGCGGCAAGAUCCAGGAUAAAGACGAAGCCUACUACAUGCAAUUCGCUAUGAUAGUGUGCGGUCUAGACAGCAUCGAAGCCCGCCGGUGGAUCAACGCAACACUCGUUGGCAUGGUGGACGAGAAUGAUCCAGACUCUCUCAAGCCGUUGAUAGAUGGCGGUACUGAAGGCUUCAAAGGUCAGGCGAGGGUCAUACUUCCAACGAUGACAAGCUGCAUUGAGUGUCAGCUGGAUAUGCAUGCACCUCGUGCGGCUGUACCUCUCUGCACACUUGCCACCAUCCCUCGCCAACCCCAGCACUGUAUUGAGUGGGCACACAUCAUUGCAUGGGACGAGGAGCGCAAGGACAUCACACUCGACAACGAUGACCCAGAGCACAUCACCUGGCUCUACCAGAAAGCUCUCAAGCGCGCCCAGGAGUUCAAUAUUGAAGGCGUCACGUACUCUAUGACACAGGGUGUGAUCAAGAACAUCAUUCCAGCCAUCGCUUCAACGAACGCUAUCGUAGCUGCAAGCUGUUGCAACGAGGCUUUCAAGAUCGCGACCAAUACGAACCCGUUCUUGGGCAUUCCAGAGACGGCCAACUACAUGAUGUACACCGGCGAUGACAGCGUGUACACAUACACCUUUGAGCACCAGAAGAAGGACGACUGCCCUGUGUGCGGCGCGGGCAACAUCGCACGACCACUGCCUGUCAACCCCAACAUCACACUGCAGGAGUUUAUUGACGGGCUAGCAGAAAGGCCUGAAGCCCAGCUCAAGAAGCCCUCGAUCCGUACCGGUGAGAAGUCACUGUACAUGCAGAUGGCUGGCUUGGAAGAGCAGACGCGCCCCAAUCUCGAGAAGAAGCUAAGUGACCUGGUCGAGGACGGCGAGGAGAUCCUCAUCACCGACAGGUCGUUCCCGACGCAGUUCAAGUACAAGUUGGUCUACCAGAAAUAG